UCUCUCUCUCUCUCUCUCUCUCUUCAUAUUUCAAAUGUAUGUGUUGUUUUAUCUAUAGUUUAUUAACUCCUUAUUAUUAGUCUCCAUGUAUUCUCGAUCUUCUCCUUAUCCAAACAACGGCGGAGUGAGAUCAUUGAUUAAUCCUCCUACUUUUAUCGAAUACAACCAACUUCGCUUCUUGAUUGUAGAUGCACCCAGUUCCAACAAUUUGCCCUUAUAUAUCAACGAAUUUGAGAGAUGGCAUGUGACAGAUGUCGUUCGUUGUUGUGAAGCAACAUAUCCUAAAGAACCGUUAAACGAAAAAGGCAUUCAAGUGCAUGACUUUGUUUUUGUUGAUGGUGAAGCACCUCCAACACCCAUUGUAGAUGCAUGGCUUCAAUUGAUUGAAGCAAGAUUUAGUAAACAACAGCCCUCGUCGGAUGAGAAAUUAUCUUGUAUUGCCAUUCAUUGCGUGGCUGGAUUAGGAAGAGCUCCUGUUUUAGUUGCUAUUGCAUUGAUUGAAGAAGACAUGCCUGCAUUAGAUGCUGUAGCCUACAUACGUGAACGUCGCAGAGGUGCUAUCAAUAAGAAACAGCUCAAGUAUAUUGAAAGUUACAAACCACGAUCCAAGAGCCAAUGCAUUAUCAUGUAACAUUGUCUGAUAGAAA